UAUACUGCUUUGUGUCAUGAUUAUAUUUUUACUUCUGUCGAAGAUAAACAUUACAAUUUAUUUACAUAUACAUUCUAAAGCCCUAGAAGAGCCUUACCUUAACUAUUGUGUUGUGUUGAUAAAUUAUAAUAAUAAUAGUCGUAAUUGUCAGUUCGCACUUCGCAGUCGUAAGAUAACAAGACUCAGAAGUGUGGAAACGAGGAGAAUCACCAAUCGGUAGAUUUCUCGAACAGUCAAAUUACACUCUUUAAACGGUAUUAAAAGAAACGUUUUAUCGAAAUGGACAGCUUUUAUGGGAAUUCGUACCAAAGCAAUGGAAGUGAGAAAGAUUUCCAAACAUUGGCCCAGUCGAUCGGCACUAAUAUCCAGAAGAUAUCUCAAAAUGUAUCGUCAAUGAAUAGAAUGGUUAAUCAGUUGAGUACUAUGCAAGAUGCUACCGAAGUUAGAAAGCAAUUGCAUCAAAUAUCGCAUUACACUCAGCAGUUGUCCAAGGAUACUAGCCACAAUUUAAAAGAACUAAAUGAAAUACGUAACUACAAUUCUCAAACUGACCAAAGACAGUUAAAAAUCCAGAAAGAGCGUCUAGCAGAAUCGUUUACAUCAGCGUUAAACGCGUUUCAAACCAUUCAACGAAAAGCUUACGAUAAAGAAAAUGCGGAACUUCUGAAACGUACCACUAAAGCUGCAACGGGAAUAAAUUUACCUCCGCCACCUGGCUCAAAACACACAAAUGGUUACGCACAGCCAUCGGACAACCAGAACGAUCAAGCGCAAUUGCAAAUAUUGGAUGAAGUGAAUUUACAAGUGGUUGAACAAGAACAAGCCAUUAGGCAACUUGAGAAUGAUAUAAGUGAUGUGAAUCAAAUCUUCAAAGAAUUAGGCACUUUAGUUCACAAUCAAGGUGAGAUAAUUGACAGUAUUGAAGCCAAUGUUCAAAUUACAAAUGUGUCGGUUCAAGAGGGAGCCAGUCAACUCAGAAGAGCAACGGAGUACACUAACAAGCUAAGAAGAAAACGAUGCUAUUUGCUAACCAUUUGUUCCGUGAUAUUAUUUAUUAUUGUUUUGACAAUUUAUUGGGGGGCUAAUUAGUAUUUAAUAUAUUUUUAUUGUACCCAAGUUAUUCCAUUUCGCCAGUUUGUACUAUGUAUAGGUUAAUAUGUAUUUUAUGAAAAGUGUGCAGUAUGUUUUAAUAAUAAUAUUGCUAAAAUUGUAUUGUACACACACACAAAUACAUAUGUAAAUGUUAUUAAACAAUAUUUUAUAGAUUGUAAUAAUUACUGUAUUUAUACCA